CUGUAAAAGUAUUGUUCAUUGUUCAUGUUAACAAUUGGAACCUAAUUGCAAAGUGUUACCAAAAACAUUCCAUGUAUACGAGAGGUUAAUUCACUGGUUAUCCGCGUGCAGACACACAAAACGCUCACGCGCACGGGUGUGUUUACAUCUGGAAACAACGGCGUUGCAGCCGUUAUAUAUAGUGUGCCAUCGGAUGCAGGGUUUUACUGUCCCACUGCACUCGAUACUGAUCUCGGGUCAGACAGCGCGAAUUGUUUGUAGCUUUCAUCGUGUUACCGUGCAGACUGAAGCGCGCGCGGAGGGGAGGCGGAGUCUGGACUCAGUUUCUGUGGCGACCAGCCGCUUGUAAAUAGCGUGUUUUCUUCUCCAUGCGAACUCAAACACAUUCUCACGCUCCGCGGACACACGGCUUCAUCCGUCCGUCACUUGUACUCAACACCAGCGACAGCGGCCUCGAGCGCGUGCCGUCCAGCUCCGGUUUAUUUGACAAAUCUCGAAUUGUGUACGCUUUCAUUUUCUAAUUAAUAAUAAUAAUAAUUAUUAUUAUUAUUUUGGAUGCGGCAUAUAGCAAAUGGAGAAGUAUGAAAAGAUCAGUAAGAUCGGAGAGGGCUCGUACGGCGUCGUGUUCAAGUGCAGGAAUAAAGACACCGGACAAAUCGUCGCCAUCAAGAAGUUCGUGGAGUCUGAAGACGAUCCCAUCAUUAAGAAAAUAGCGCUCAGAGAAAUCCGCAUGCUGAAGCAACUGAAACAUCCCAACCUGGUGAAUCUGAUCGAAGUGUUCAGGAGAAAGAGAAAACUGCAUCUGGUGUUUGAAUACUGCGACCACACUGUCCUCAACGAGCUGGACAGAUACCCACGAGGUGUUCCAGAGCACAUGGUAAAAAGCAUCAUCUGGCAAACACUUCAAGCUGUGAACUUCUGUCACAAACAUAAAUGUAUUCACAGAGACGUAAAGCCUGAAAAUAUACUCAUCACCAAACAUCAGGUCAUCAAACUCUGUGACUUUGGCUUUGCCAGGAUCCUCACUGGUCCGUGUGAUUAUUACACAGAUUAUGUAGCGACACGGUGGUACCGAGCUCCAGAACUCUUAGUGGGAGACACACAAUAUGGCCCACCAGUGGACGUCUGGGCAGUGGGUUGUGUGUUUGCUGAGCUGCUAUCUGGCGCCCCUCUAUGGCCGGGCAAAUCCGAUGUAGACCAGCUCUAUCUCAUCAGGAAAACUUUAGGUGAGUUGAUUCCUCGCCAUCAGCAGGUGUUUAGCACUAACCAGUUCUUCAGCGGAGUUUGUGUCCCUGAACCGCAGGAGAUGGAGCCUCUUGAACUGAAGUAUCCGAACCUCUCAUAUCAGGCGCUGAGCCUAAUGAAGGGUUGUUUGCGGAUGGAUCCAGCAGAGAGGUUGUCUUGUGAGCAGUUAUUGGAACAGCCGUACUUUGACAGUCUGCGAGAGGAAAGCGAGAGUGUAACUCGUGAACUGGACCGCAAGAAACGCACACGCCAGCCACGCAAACACCUGCCACCUGGGUAUCUACCCCAGUUGGCCAGCAGUACUGUGUUCCCAGCUGUGGAGAACAGAAAAUACUACAACAACCUGCGCAAAUUCAACUAUCAUCUGCCCAACAUAUGAUGGAAGUCGACUCCUCAGGAACCAAUAAGAACUGACCAUCCAC